AUGGCAGUCGAACAAAACAAUAGAGGAGAUGUAAGGAAGGUUUUCGGUGACUUCACUGCACCCACUUCUGACUUCUAUGAAAGAACUGCAACUCGUAGCACACAAGACACCUCUUGUGAUGGAGAUGCCUGUGAUCCAGAUCAACUCAUCAUGAAAGAGGUGAAUUAUAUGGGAAAACCCUAUGGAAACACCUACAAUUUCUCAUGGAGAAAUCAUCCUAACCUUUCUUGGAAGGAUCAACAGAAGCCUCAACAAGGCUUCAACAAUAAUCAAGGUGGAAGAACCCAGAAUAGGUUCAACAACAGACCAUCAUUCCCAUAUUCUCAACAACAGAUGGAAGAACUCAGAAUAGAAACUAGGUCCUCCAUCAGAAAUUUUGAGGUACAAGUUGGUCAGCUAAGUAAGAGAAUCCCUGAGACCCCUCCUAACAGUCUUCCUAGUAACACUGAAGUGAACCCAAGAGAAGAGUGCAAGGCCAUCACUGUAGAAGAUGAGGCCGAAUCUGAAUGGGAUAAUCUGGCAUUGAAUGCCAGUAAGGAAGUCCUUACUGGGCGUUCAAUGCCCCAAGAAGCACCAUCACUGGCGUUGAACGCCAAUAAGGAAGGCCUUACUGGGCGUUCAACACCCACUAACCAAUUUCCUCUUGAAGAACUGAAGGCAACUAAGGCUCAUGAGGAUACUACAAAAGUUCCAUUGAAUGUCUUGUCGCAAAUUAUGGAUUAUAAGGAUCACUCCUUCUUUAAUGAGGAAGAGGAAACUAGGGAAGAGCAAGUUACUCAGUACCUAGGACUUCUCAUGAAGCUGAAUGCCAAGUUUUUUGGCACAGGGCCAUUGGAGGAAGAACCUCUAGUGCUCACCAAGGAACUCAAUACCUUGGUACAAGCUGCAAGAAUCUCACUAGAGAUAGUAGACAAGUUAAUAAAAAAGGCUUAUGGUUUGGUAGAGGAUGUCUUAGUAAAGGUUGAGAACCUUUACAUCCCUGCAGAUUUCAUAAUUUUGGAUACUGGGGAGGAAGAGGAUGAAUCCAUCAUCCUUGGAAGACCUUUCCUAGCCACUGUCAAUGCCAUCAUUGAUGUAGCAAAGGGAGAGCUGAUUCUAUAG